CUCUGUCCCCCAGGCUGGAGUGCAAUGGCACGAUCUUGGCUUGCUGCAACCUCUGCCUCUCGGGUUCAAGUGAUUCUCCUGCCUCAGCCUCCCAAGUAGCUGGGAUUACAGGUGCGAGCCACUGCGCCCGGCUAGUGUUUUGUAUUUUCAGUGGGGACGGGGUUUCGCCAUCUUGGCCGGGCUGGUCUUGAACUCCUGACUUCAGGCAGUCCUCCUGCCUCGGCCUCCCAAAGUGCUGGGAUUACAGGCGUGAGCCACUGCGCCCGGCCAAUGUCUGCUUUUGCAUUCAAUGUGCUGUGAUAGUUUGUUUCGGUUAACAUAUACCAAAAAAAAAAUGUAGCCACACAUAUAUAAGUAGUAGUAAUAUGGAAGUAUAUUUAAUCUGCCACCAUGAGCUUGACAGCUUCCCAAAUGCUUAUUGCCUUUCAGAUUAGAAUGAUGUGGAUAUCUAUGACUAUAAUUUUUCAGUAUUUUAUAACAAAUGUUUCAACAUUUGGAAAGCUGUAUAACUCACUGCACCAAUAUUUUCCAAAUUCCUGUUGCAUGAUGCUAUAAAACUAUGAAUGGGUAAAAGAUCCAUGCAAAGUGCAAUAUAGACCAAGGGAUUUUACUGUAAUAGCAUGGAAAUAAUUCACUGAUAUCGUUUCAGACACCAUAUUGCAACUAACCUUUAAGAUACUUCCACUUGUAGAGUUUUGGUGUAAUAUUAAAACAAGAAGAUUCCAUUAAUCUGAUGAUUAUUAGCUAAAUUGAUUUGGGGCAAGGGCCAGUAGUCUUACUUACCAUUGUUUUUGCACUAUCAGUGCAAAUAUUAAGAGUGAAAAAUUUGAAUAACAUCUUAGUAUUAUUAUAAAAAUAGUUUUGACCUCAGGGACCCUCUGAAGGGAUCAGGGACAUGCAGGGGUCUGCAGUCCCACUCUGAAAACUUCUCUACUAAGGAAAAAGAGAAAAGUCCAGUGUUUUCCUGCAGGAAUUAGAAAGGUAGAGCAUUGAUCCAGCCAGGAGGUUAGAGCCAAGGUGAGACCUGAAGGACAAGUAGUAAUUAGCUAAGAAAGGUGAGGAGAGCCAGACGCGGUGGCUCAUGCCUGUAAUACCAGCAUUUUGGGAGGCUGAGGUGAGCGGAUCACGAGGUCAGGAGAUCGAGACCAUCCUGGCCAACAUGGUAAAACCCCCAUCUCUACUAAAAAUUCAGAAAAUUAGCUGGGCAUGCUGGUGCACCCCUGUAAUCCCAGCUACUCAGGAGGCUGAAGCAGGAGAAUUGCUUGAACCCGGGAGGCAGAGGUUGCAGUGAGCUGAGAUUGCGCCAUUGCACUCCAGCCUGGGCGACAGAGUGAGACUCCAACUCAAAAAAAAAAAAAAAAAGAAAGAAAGAAAGAAAGAAAAAGAAACAAAGGUGAGGAGAAAGACAUUCUAGACUUUAAAAAAGCAACCCAAAUGGGAGUAUGUGUGGGAGACAUGUAGGGUGAGAACAGGAGUUUUGGGUUGAGAUAGGAGAGGAAAGCUUGAAUUAUAGGAAGUCUUGAAUGUCACCUAAGGAGCUUACAAUUUGUCCUGAGGGCAAGGGACAACCCAUGAAGGGUUUUAAGUGGCAGGGAGUGGGGGAUUGGGGGAAUGACUUAACAAGAUUUGUGUUUGUUUAGGAUGAUCAUGCUUACUGUGAUGUAGAUAGAGACUCAAAAGGAUAAGACUCAGCAAAAACCCCAGAAAGCUGUUGGAAUAAUCCAGUUGAGAGGUGGUUGCCAGAAUCACUUGUAAAAUGGUUGUGGAUUUAGAAAUAGAUUGUUUUGAGAGAUAUAAAGAACAUAUAAGCAAUGAGAUUAAGAGAGUAAUUAGAGCCCGGUGUGGUGGCACAUGCCUGUAAUCCCAGCACUUUGGGAGGCCGAGGCAGGCAGAUCACCUGAGGUCGGGAGUUCGAAACCAGCCUGCCUGACCAACAUGGAGAAACCCCGUUUCUACUAAAAAUACAAAAUUAGCUGGGCAUGGUGGUGAAUGCCUGUAAUCCCAGCUACUCUGGAGGCUGAGGCAGGAGAAUCACUUGAACUCGGGAGGCAGAGGUUGUGGUGAGCCGAGAUCGUGCCAUUACACUCCAGCCUGGGCAACAAGAGCGAAACUCUGUCUCACAAAAAAAAAAAAAAAAAAGAAUAAUUAGAAAGAGGGGUGAAAGGAAAAAAGAGGAACCCAGGAUGACACUCCUAGCUUGGACUGCUGGAUGAUGGCAUAGUGUUUGACUAGAAUCUAGACAUAGGAGGAGAGGCAUAUUGGAAGGAGAGCAAUGAGGUUGAGCUAAGGUACCUGUGGGACAUUCGAGUGGAAAUUUUCCAUAGUCAAAUGGGUACAUAGGACUGGAGGUGACGUACUUUCUGAUUCCAUUUGUAUGACAUUCUUGAAAACACAAGAUUAAAGGGACAGAGACGAGGUCACUGGUUUCCAGGGGUUGGUGGGGAGGGAUACUACAAAAGGACAGCAUGAGAGAAGUUUUGGGGUGAUGAAACUGUAUCUUGAUUGUGGAGGUGUGGGGAAAAGAAAGAGUGAUCAGAUUGUUACUGUGUCUGUGUAGAAAGAAGUAGACAUAGGAGACUCCAUUUUGUUCUGUCAUCUGUAACUUUACCGCCAACCCUGUGCUCCCUGAAACACGUGCUGUGUCAACUCAGCGUUAAAUGGAUUAAGGGCUGUGCAGGAUGUGCUUUGUUAAACAGAUGCUUGAAGGCAGCAUGCUCCUUAAGAGUCAUCACCACUCCCUAAUCUCAAGUACCCAGUGACACAAACACUGCGGAAGGCCGCAGGGACCUCUGCCUAGGAAAGCCAGGUAUUGUCCAAGGUUUCUCCCCAUGUGAUAGUCUGAAAUACGGCCUCGUAGGAAGGGAGAGACCUGACUGUCCCCCAGCCUGACACCCGUAAAGGGUCUGUGCUGAGGAGGAUUAGUAAAAGAGGAAGGAAUGCCUCUUUGCAGUUGAGACAAGAGGAAGGCAUCUGUCUCCUGCCCGUCCCUGGGCAAUGGAAUGUCUCGGUGUAAAACCCGAUUGUAUAUUCCAUCUACUAAGAUAGGGGAAAACCGCCUUAGGGCUGGAGGUGGGACAUGCGGGCAGCAAUACUGUUCUUUAAGGCAUUGAGAUGUUUAUAUGUAUACAUAUCUAAAGCACAGCACUUAAUUCUUUACCUUGUCUAUGAUGCAGAGACCUUUGUUCACGUGUUUACCUGCUGACCUUCUCUCCACUAUUAUCCUAUGACACUGCCAUAUCCCCCUCUCCGAGAAACACACAAGAAUGAUCAAUAAAUACUAAGGGAACUCAGAGGCCGGUGGAGCCUCCGUAUGCUGAACGCCAGUUCCCUGGGCCCCCUUUAUUCUUUGUCUGUACUUUGUCUCUGUGUCUCUUUCUUUUCCAAGUCUCUCGUUCCACCUAAUGAGAAACACCCAGAGGUGUGGAGGGGCAACCCACCCCUUCAUGGAGGUGGUUACACAAAUCUAUACAUAUCAAUUUUACUGUUUUUUUUUUUUUUGAGACAGGAUGUCUCUGUUGCCCAGGCUGGCGUGCAGUGGCACAAUCUCAGCUCACUGCAACCUCUACCUCCCAGGCUCAAGUGAUCCUCCCACCUUUCAUGUACGUCUGUGUGAAGAGACUACUAAACAGGCUUUGUGUGAGAAUAAAAGCUUUUAAUCACCUGGGUGCAGGCGGGCUGAGUCCGAAAAGAGACUCAGCAAAGGGAGAUAGGGGUGGGGCCAUUUUAUAAGAUUUGGGUAGGUAAAGGAAAAUUACAGUCAAAGGGGGUUUGUUCUCUGGCGGGCAGGAGUGGGGGUCGCAAGGUGCUCAGUGGGGGAGCUUUUUGAGCCAGGAUGAGCCAGGAAAAGGACUUUCACAAGGUAAUGUCAUCACUUAAGGCAAGGACUGGCUAUUUUCACUUCUUUUGUGGUGGAAUGCCAUCAGUUAAGGCGGGGCAGGACAUUUUCACUUCUUUUGUGAUUCUUCAGUUACUUCAGGCCAUCUGGGCAUAUACGUGCAAGUCACAGAGGAUGCGAUGGCUUAGCUUAGGCUCAGAGGCCUGACACCACCUCAGCCUUCCGAGUAGCUGGAACUACAGGUGCACACCACCAUGCCUAGCUGAUUUUUUGUAGAGAUGGGGUUUCACCAUGUUGCCUAGGCUGGUCUUGAACUCCUGGACUCAAGUAAUUCUCCUGCCUCAGCCUCCCAAAGUGCUGGGAUUACAGGCGUGAGCCACCGCGCCUGGCCGACCUGACUAGAUAUUAAAACAGAAAACCUCUAAUGAAAACAGUGUGGUAUUAGCACAUGAAUACCACAGAAUGAAGGAACAGAAUAGAGAAUCCAGAGCAGACCCAAAUGCAUAUAGAUAUUUAGUAUAUGAUAAAGGUUGCAUCUCAAAUCACUGGAGACAAGAAGGACUUUUUAAUAAGUGAUACUGGAGUAAGCUGACAACUCUAUGGAAGAGUAUAAAAUUAAACCCAUUCCUCAAACCACACAGCAGGACAAAUGUGAAAAGGUCAGAGAUCUAAAUUUUAAAAUGUGAAACCCUGUAACUACUAAAUGUGAAUGAAUUUAUUCAUUUAGGUGUUAAGUUGAGACAGGGUCUGGCUCUACUGUCCAGGCUGGAGUGCAGUGGCAUGAUCUCGGCUCAUUGCAACCUCUGCCCCUUUGGUUCAAGCAAUUCUCCUACCUCAGCCUCCUGAAUAGCUGGGACUACAGGCACACACCUGCACAACUGGCUAAUUUUUGUAAUUCUUUGGUAGAGAUAGAACUUCCCAAUUUUACCCAGGCUGGUCUCGAACUCCUGGGCUCAAGCGAUCCUCCUGCCUUGACCUCCCAAAGCGCUGGGAUUACAGGCGUGAGCCACUGUGCCCGGCCGAUGAAUUUCUUUAUAACCUGGCAGUGGUCAAUUUUUUUUGCUACCUGAUUCAAAUUACAGAAGCAAUAAAGGACUGAUACAUUUUACUACAUAAUAAUUACAAUUUUAUGCAUGACAAAAACACAACAAGGUAAGAAAAAGAAAGAACAGAAUUCACAGAUGAACGAAUGAUUUAUCUCAUGAUACUACAAAUGCAACAUAAAACUGUAUCGAGAUACCAUUUCUCACCUAUCAGAUUGAUAACAUACUCUUGCCAAGGUUGUGGGAAAAUUGGCACUCUCACAUUGCUAGUGGGAAUGAAAAAUAGUACAUGCCUGCCUGGCGUGGUGGCUCAUGGGCCACGCGCAGUGGCUCAUGCCUGUAAUGCCAGCGCUUUGGGAGGCUGAGGUGGGCGGAUCACCUGAGGUCAGGGGUUCGAAACCAUCCUGACCAACAUGGAGAAACUCCAUCUCUACUAAAAAUGCAAAAUUAGCCGGGCGUGAUGGCACAUGCCUGUAAUCUCAGCUACUCGGGAGGCUGAGGCAGGAGAAUUGCUUGAACCCAGGAGGCAGAGGUUGCAGUGAGCCAAGAUCGUGCCAUUGUACUCCAGCCUGGGCAACAAGAGUGAAACUCCGUCUCAAAAAAAAAAGUCAAGUAAAAAAAGUAAAAUAAAGAACAGUGUGAGCUGGGCUCAGUGGCUCACUUCUGUGAUCUCAAUACUUUGGGAGGCUGAGGUGGGAGGAUCACCUGAGGUCAGGAGUUCAAGACCAGCCUGGCCAACAUGGUGAAACCCGUCUCUACUAAAAAAUACAAAAAUUAGCCGGGCAUAGUGGCACACACCUGUAAUCCCAGAUACUUGAGUGGCUGAAGCAGGAGAAUCGCUUGAACUUGGGAGGUGGAGGUUAGUGAGGUGAGAUCGUGACACUGAGCUCUAGCCUGGGCGGCCGAGUGAGACUUGGUCUCAUAAAAACAAAACAAAACAAAACAAAAAGAAAACACAAUGUGUAUUAUAUGCUAUAAUAUGCUACCUUUUGCAAAAGAAGGAAAGGGAAAUGCACAGACACGCACACUUAUAUAUGUAUGUCUUUGCAUAUAUUUUCAAAAAGAAAUGAUGGAAAGUUGAAUGAAAGCCCCAUAAAAAUGGUUAAUCACAGGAGAAGGGAGGAAAUGUGGAGAGGACAGGGAUGGCAGCUAAAGCUCUGUGAAGAUAACUUACUGUCAAGUUUUGGCUCUGGAACUGCAGAUGUUUUACAAAAUUAAAAAUAUGAAACAAAGGCAGUUCCUCCCCUAGUGCUCAAAUUAUAGUGUCUAAAUUCAAUUUGGAGCCAGGCACGUGGCUUACACUUAUAAUCCCAGCACUUUGAGAGUCCAAGGCAGGAGGAUCACUUGAAUCCAGGAGUUUGAGAGCAGCCUGGGUAACAUAGGGAGACCUUGUCUCUACAAACAAUUUAAAAAUUAGCUGGGUGUAGUGAUGCAUGUCUGUAGUCUCAGCUACUUGGGAGGCUGAGGCAGGAGGAUCACUUGAGCCCAGGAGGUCAAGGCUGCGCUGAGCCAUGAUCAUGCCACUGUACUCCAGCCUCAGCAACAGAGCAGGACUUUGUCUCAAAAUAAAUAAAUAAAUACAAUUUGGUAAUCAUAGGAAUUGUGGCUCUUUUAGAAAUGGAUGAUUGUGGUUCUGGGUAGGAAAUGUACCAUAAACCAAGACAGCUCCCAUUGGUCUAAGGUUUGACCACUUCAAAUGUUAAAACUCCAUGCAUUCAUAAGGAUAUUACACACACACACACACACACACACACACGCACACGCACACACACGUUUUGGUUACCUUUAGAGAGAAUGUACUAAAACUGAAAAUUGAAGCAUUUAAGUUGCUUUUCCUGUAUUAACUACAAUUUAGGGUAACCAGAGAAUUAAUGAGGGGAUGCUUCUUUGUAUAAUUGCCUUGUAGUUAAUAAAUGAAGAGAAAAUAAUACAUUAAAAAUCCCCAUUUUGCAAAGCCCUGGUGAAAUAAUGGAACUAGACAGGUUUCCAGAUUUAGCCAAUAAAUGGCAUGGGACAUAUUUAUACUAAAAAUUAAUUGUCACCUGAAAUUCAAAUUGAACUGGAGGUCUUGUAUCUUAGUUAGCAACUCUACAUCAAGGUAAUGAUCAACAAUGGAUAUUAAUAUCAUUGAGACAGAUGCAGAAAAAUCAUUUGAUAAAGUUAAACAUCUAUUUAUGAUUAAACAAUUAAAAGUAGAAGGAAACUUCUUUAAUACAAUAAUGUAUACUUUCAAAAAUGCUACGGUAAGCAUCAUACUUAAUAGCAAAAUAUUGAAAACAGGCUGGGUGUGGUGGCUGAUCUGUGUAAUCCCAGCACUUUGGGAGGCUGAGGGAGGUGGAUCAUGGAGCCCAGGAGUUCGAGACCAGCCUGAGCAAAAACCCCAUCUUUACAAAAAAAUACAAAAAUCAGCUGGGCAUGGUGGCAUGUGCCUGUAGUCCCUACUACCUGGGAGGCUAAGAUGGAAAGAUCACUUGAGCCCAGGAGGCAAAGGUUGCAGUGAGCUUAGAUUGUGCCACUGAAUUCCAGCCUGCGUGACAGAGCGAGACUCCCUCUCAAACAACAACAAAAACCAAUUGAAAGUAUUUUCUUUGUGAUCAGAAGCAAGACUAGGAUGCCCCCAUCAUAUCUUUUAUUCAAUUAUCUAUUGGAAAGCCUAAAGAAAAGUUAUAAAGAUGAGAAUGGAAGGAAUUAAACUAAUUCAUAAGCAAUAUGAUUGUAUGUGUAGAGAACCCAAAAGAACCUACAAAUACAUUAUUGAAAUAAUAAAUCAUUUUAUUUAUUAACUCCUGGUUUUGUGACAGGCAAGCUGGCUGACUUCCUGUUUUGACGUGGUCCAGAGAAAAAGAAGAAAAGCCCCUUACUCAAGCUGUAGCUUACCUAAUCUCCAGCCAAUCAGCAUCAAAGGCCCAAGAAGCUAUUAACCACAAGUUCCUGCUUUAGGGGCCUAGGGACUUCCCCAUGGACCCGCAAGUACAGCUAGGCUUGUUUCAACUUUUCCUUAUUUUAAUGCUAAAAAUCAUGCCCAGAGGUGAUUUAAAAUGCUAAUGUUAUAUACAAUGUAUGAAAAAGCGUGUUGAACCACUGUGCAGGCACCAAAGAAAUCCCUCCUAAACAUUCAAUGACAGGCACGUCACAGCAGCUAGGCCCCUAUAAGACAGAUCAACCUGCUCCCUUUGGGGUGCAGCCCACCCUUUUCCUUUUGCAGUGCUGACCUUUCUUGUGCACAAGCUAAAAUAAACAUUCUCUUUUUCUUUCUUUUUUUUUUGUUUGAGAUGGAGUCUUGUUUUGUCACCCAGGCUGGAGUGCAAUGGCACAAUCUCGGCUCACUGCAACCUCUGCCUUCCAGGUUCAAGCAAUUCUCCUGCCUCAGCCUCCCAAGUAGCUGGGAUUACAGGCGUGCACCACCACACCCAGCUGUUUUUUUUGUAUUUUUAGUAGAAAUGGGUUUUCACCAUGUUGCCCAGGCUGGUCUUGAACUCCUGGGCUCAAGCAAUCCACCUGCCUCAGCCUCCCAAAUUGCUGGGAUUACAGGGGUGAGCCACCAUGCCCAGCAAUCUCAUUUGAUUUCUAUCCUGGAAGAUUACAAGAACCGAGGAUGAUUGUAACAUCUCCUGGUACCCCAGAUGGGACCCUCAUUUUAGGUCCCCACAGGAGUUAGCAAGACUUCCUGGAGGACAGAGGCAACUGACCAGGUGGUAACAAAGGUGGCCACUCUGGACUAUUGCUUUGGUGUUGGUGCUUUGGAGAGUCAAGUCUGGACCCUAGGUGAGUCUGCUCUUCUUCUUCUCUGUCUCUCUCUCUCUCUCUCACCAGAUGCCCAGUAAAUGGCAUGGCCAGGAUUAUAUCUGGCCAUCUCCUCUGCAUAUUUCUUACCCUUUCCAAGAUUUGAACCUUUCACCAGGAGUACAAUGAGUGAGGACUAGUAGAACAUCUUGUCAAGUCAAAGGAAAGGUUAGACUAAACUUAAUACAUUAAUCACUAAACCUAUCUGGAUUGUUUAAGAACCGGCCAAACCAAUCCUUGCCUUGACUUAUGUCUGACAUUGAUAAGGGCCUCUUUCUUUGUUUUGUCUCUCCUUCUCUCCCUCGUUUUUGGAAAUUUGGGUGGGAAGUUGGGGUGAUUCCAGUUAGCCCUUCUGGGAAACUUGCGUGGGCAGUUGGAGUGAUUCUGGCUGGCUCUUCUGAGAUUGGUCUAGGGAACUGCCCCAGACAUGUGUGGGCUAGGUACCAGCCGGCAAUCUGGAAUUCUCUUUUGUUUCAAAUACUGAAACCACUCAGUAUUUUCCCUGACCGUAUUCUUCUUUGUGGAGCCUGGACGUUUAUAAUCUGUUUUGUCAGUUGUCUGAAUGGAAAUGUGUUCUUGUUUCUGGUCCUUGUUGCAUGGGUGAAGCCACCCUCCAGGAUUCUUGGAAGGAAGCCUUACUCAUUAGGCCAGAUGAAAUUUUUCCUCUGUCUAGUACAUCAUCUCGUUUCUUGUUAGAGUCCAUGUAAAUAAAUGUGGGUGUAGAGUAAGUUCUACUUGGAGCUGAUGUAAAAUCUACUACUUGCUAGACUUUGUGGGUUGAAGCUGGCAAAUCCAAGAGCUAAAAGUUCUCAAGCCCCCUCAUUCUGCUCUCCUCCCUCUGUCCUCUUUGGCUUGCUUAGUUCUUGCCAGGGAUUUGAAGGUCUGGGAUGAGUCAGACCAGGAUGUGUGCUGCAAUUGUGAAGACUGUCAGAGUCAGAGGCUGCAUCCCUCACCAGACCUCUUGAUUACAGGACACCAGCUCUACCAUGGGAAACACUACAGACAUCCCAAAAGAUUCCCCCCCUUGGAUGCAUCCUCUGUAAUUGGGAUCAGCUUAAAUGAGAUAUUACAAAGAAAAAGAAGCUCGUGUUCCUCUGUGAUGUUGCUUGGCCUCAGUAUCCCCUGGGGUACCAAGAGAAAUGACCUGAGAAUGGGGUCCUUCAGUUACAACAUCAUUUUCCAAUUGGAUAUAUACUGUAAAAAAUUCUAAUAAAUAGCUUGAGAUUCCAUACAUGCAGGCCCUCAGGAAAUUAUAUCUGGAUCUCAAACUCUAGGACUCCUGCCAGGUUUAUAUGGCACCUCUCAAGCAACAGCUGAGAGAUGAGCCAAGUCCUGUCUCAGAUUUUAACCCCUAGGGCUCAGUUCUCUCACUACCUUUCUAAGGGCAGGGUGGGAAGCAGGCCUCUCUGCUACUGUGGAUCCUUUCUCCUUCUGUCUGGAGCCUCCUCCAUACCAUGCUGGGUCAGGAAGGCUUUCCCCUUCUACUCCUCAACAACUCUCAGUGCUGUCCCCAGUGUGGCUCCAACUGGGCUCCAAGUCAGCACCCUCCUUCACUUCCCCACCAUACCAGAGCUGCUUUCCCCCUGGGAGGUAAUGGAUGGAACUAGAGGGGCAGCUCAGGUACAUGGACCCUUACCAAUGUCAGACAUAAAUCAAGGCAAGGAUUGGUUUGGCCGGUUCUUGAACAAUCCAGAUAGGUUUAGUGAUGAAUUUAUUAAGUUUAGUCUAACCUUUCCUUUGACUUGACAAGAUGUUCUUGUAGUCCUAACUCAUUGUUGUACUCCUGGUGAAAAAACUCGAAUCUUGGAAAGGGUAAGAAAUAUGCAGAGGAGAUGGCCAGAUAUAAUCCUGGCCAUGUCAUUUACUGGGUAUCUGGUGAGGCAGUCCCAGAGCAGAACAUGCAAUGGGUUUAUACGGAUGACAGGGACUGGUUAAGGAUCAGUCACUUCCUUAAUUGCAUAUCAGAGGGUGUCAGACAAAACCAGUAAAGUAUAAUAAAGUAAAAUAAUUGCUCAGGAAGUGGAUGAAAAUCCAGCUGGGUACCUUAAUAGGCUCUCUGAGGCUUUUAGAAAGUAUAGUAACAUAGACCCAAGGACCAAUGAAGGCCUAACACUUCUGGCCAUACAUUUUAUAACCCACGCUGUGCCAGACAUUUGGGAAAAGCUUCAAAAGCUGAAAGCUGACCCUUAAACCCCUCAAGCAACGUUGGUAGCAGAGGUCUUCAACAUUUUUAGCAACUGGGACCAGGCAGAGAAGGUGUAGAAAAAUGAGAGAAUAAAAAGGAAGACACACAUUUUGGCUGCUAUAAUCACAGGCCCACCUUGAGGUGACCUUAGGUAACAGAGAAACCCGAAUGCGGGGGGCGGGGAGGGGAUUAAACCCCAUCCAGUGUCCGUGGAAAUGGGGUGCAACCAGUGUGUUUACUGUAAGAAGAGGCACUGGAGAAAGGACUGUCCAUUCUUUUCUGGGAAGCCAGGAUGGAGUAGACCUCCCCAGCCCACUCCUCUUGUUGCUGGCCUCUCAAAUAAAAAGGCUACCCGCUCUGAAUGAGGUGUUCUCAAAUGCUUAUCUGCCUCCAGUCCUGAAGAGUUCCAUCACCAUCACCACUGUGGAGCCUUGGGUCACCCUCAAUAUGGCAGGUAGGAAACUGAAUUCCUUAUGGAUACCAGAGCCCCCUACUCUGUCCUGACCCAUCCUGAUGGAUCUCUGUUCAGCGCCAGUUGUACAGUGACGGGAACAGAUGGUCAACCCAAGGUAAGACAGUUUACCUUUCCUUUGACUUGUAAAAUUGGAUCUAAGGCUAUCACUCAUUCCUUCCUAUAUGUCCCUGAAUGUCCCCUUCCUUUAAUGGUUCAUGACUUAUUAUCUAAGUUGGGAGCCUCAGUUUCCCUCCAGGGGAAUGCCAUACAAGUCUCAGUGCCUCCUGAGAAAGGAAUCCAUUUACUGGCCCUUUUGGCUCCCCAAGAUCAGAAGCUACCCCCAGUCCUAGAAAAGAUAUUGAUUUGAGUGGAAAAGUCUGUAUGGGAUACCAACAUUUCAGGACAGGUCAUCAAUGAGGAGAAUAUUAAAAUAAAGCUUAAGCCAGGCCUACCCUACCCAUGCAAGCCAAAAUACCAUUUGAGGCCAGAAGCCCUACAAGGGAUAUGGCCCCUCCUAGAAACAUUGAUACAGAACAGACUAAUUCAGCCCUGCAGUCCCCUUGUAAUACCCCAGUCCUGCCUGUGAAGAAACCAAAUGUAGAAUACCAGUUUCUUCCACACUUUAGAGUAGUGAAUGACUCAGUUGUUCCCACACAUCCUUCAGUCCCUAAUUCAUACACACUCCACUCUCAAGUCCCUGGGUGCACACAGUUUUACACUGUACUGGAUCUAAAGGAUGUUUUCUUUAAUAUAUGCUGCAUCCUGACUCCACCUACAUUUUUGUCUUUGAAUGGAAGGAUCCAGAGACUCAGGAAGCUCCCCACUGUACUUGGACAGUGCUACUACCCCCCCGGGGUUUCCAGAUAGCCUCCACCUCUCUGGGCAAGCCCUGGAAGUCCUAAUUCAGAAGCUAGGGCCUGUCCAAAGGCCAGUGACUUAUUUUUUAAAUCAACUGGACCCAGUAGCCCAGGGGUGGCCUGGCUGUCUUAGGGCAGUGGCAGCCACCAGCCUCCUGGUCAGGGAGAUCUCCAAACUCAUGCUAGGCCAAUCCCUUGAGGUUUAUACUCCUUACCUGGUCCAGAAUUUGUUGGAAAUCAAAGGGAGCCACUGGCUAACUCGGGGAAGGUUAACUCAAAAUCAAGCCCCACUGUUAGACACCCCAGACUUGACCUUAAAGAUAUAUGAGUCCUUGAAUCCUGCCACCCUCCUUCCCUUGCCCACCUUGGGGACACUGGAACACACCUAUGUGGAAACUUUGGAGCAGAUCUAUUCUAGUUGGAUAGAUUUACGGGAGACCCCUUGAGAGAAUCCAGAUGAAGAAUGGUUUACAGAUGGGAGUUGUUUUGUAGAAAAUGGAGCCUGCAGGCCAGGCAUGGUGGCACGCCACCACACCCAGCUAAUUUUUUGUAUUUUAGCAGAGACAGGUUUCACCGUGUUGCCCAGGCUGGUCUCAAAGUCCUGGGCUCAUGAUGCGCCUGUCAUCCCAGCUACUCAGGAGGCUGAGACAGGAGAAUCGCUUGAACCUGGGAGGCGGAGGUUGCAGUGAGCCAAGAUCACGCCAUUGCACUCCAGCCUGGGUGACAGAGCGAGACUCCAUCUAAAAAAAAAAAAAAAAAAACAAAUAAAAUGGAGCCCAGAAGGCAAAACAUGCUAUUGUCAGCCUACGCUGGACCAGAGAGGCAAAAUAACUUCCCCUAAGCACUUCAGCUCAGGAAGCAGAGCUCCAAGCCUUAGUUAAGGGCUCUUCAGCUUGAAGAAGGGAAGAGACUUAAUAUAUAUACUGAUUCUAAGUAUGGAUUCCUAAUGCUCCAUACUCAUGCAGCUGUCUGGAAAGAGGAGAAUGCUAACUGCCAGGAGCACCCCGACAAAACCCAAUGAAGCGAUUUUAUUCCUCCUUGAGGCAGUUCAUCUCUGUGUUAGUCUGUUCUUACACUGCUAUAAAGACAUACCUGAGACUGGGUAAUUUAUAAACAAAGAGAGUCUAAUUGACUCACAGUUCUGCAUGGCUGGGAGGCUUCAGGAAACUUACAAUCAUGGCGGAAGGUGAAGGGGAAGCAAGGCACAUCUUGCAUGGCAGCAGGAGAGUGAGUGAAGGAAGCCACACACUUUUAAGCUAUCAGAUCUCAUGAGAACUCACGUACUAUUGUGAAAACAGCAUUGGGGAAACUGCCCCCGUGAUCCAGUCACCUCCCACCAAGUACUUCCCUUGACAUGAGGGGAUUACAAUUCGAGAUGAGAUUUGGGUGGGGACACAGAGCCAAACCAUAUUAAGCUCCCUGCCCAAAUAGCUGUUAUGUCCUGUAAAGGGCAACAAAAAGACAAUUCUUUAAUCAGCCAAGGAAACAACCAGGCUGAUAGAGCUGCCAAACAGGCAGCUGGGCCGGGCGCGGUAGCUCAUGCCUGUAAUCCCAGCACUUUGGGAGGCCGAGGCAGGUGGAUCACGAGGUCAAGAGAUCAAGACCAUCUGGGCUAACAUGGUGAAACCCCGUCUCUACUGGAAACAAAAAAUUAGCCGGGCGUGGUGGCAGGCGCCUGUAGUCCCAGCUACUUGGGAGGCUGAGGCAGGAAAAUGGCGUGAACCCGGGAGGUGGAGCUUACAGUGAGCUGAAACCGCACCACAGCACUCCAGCCUAGGGGACAGAGCGAGACUCCGUCUCAAAAAGAAAAAAAAAAAAAGUUGGCAGUGGUUGGCCGGGAGUGAUGGCUCAUGCCUGUAAUCCCAGCACUUUGGGAGGCCAAGGCAGGAGGAUCAUCUAAGGUCAGGAGUUCGAGACCAGCCUGGCCAACAUGGUGAAACCCUGUCUCUACUAAAAUACACAAAAAUUAGCUGGGCAUGGUGGUGCAUGCCUGUAGUCCCAGCUACCUGGGAGGCUGAGGCAGGAGAAUAGCUUGAACCCAGGAGGGAGAGAUUGCCAUGAGCUGAGAUGGCACCACUGCACUCCAGCCUGGGCAACAGAGCGAGACUCCAUCAAAAAAAAAAAAAAAUGAGCAGAUGAAGGAGGGUAUAACUUAAAUGGUCAGGGUGGCUAGAGGAUCAGCAACAAUGCCUCUUCCUACCAGAAGCUGACCAAUGGAAAGUCAUCAAAAGACUUCAUGAGGAAACUCAUUAUGACAGAGACUCACUAUGGAAUUUAACCCAAAAUCUCCUAGUGAGCAAGGCUUUAAAAGCUACAGCAUAACAGGCAUGGUGGUUCACACCAGUAAUCCCAGCAUUUGAGGAGGCUGAGGCAGGAGGAUUGCUUGAGCCCAGGAGAUCAGGACCAGCCUGGGCAACAUGAUAAGACCGUGUCUCUACAAAAGCAUUUUUAAAAAUUAUCUGGGCAUGGUGGAAUGCAUCUGUGGUCCUAACUACUUGGGAAGCUGAGGUGGGAGGAUUGCUCGAGCCCAGGAGUUUGAGGCAGCAGUGAGUCAAGAUCGCACAAUUGCACUCCAGCCUGGGUGACAAAGCGAGACCUUGUCAAAAAAAAAAAAAAAAAAAGAAAAAGUCACAGUGGGCCAGGUGCAGUGGCUCACACCUGUAAGCCCAGCAGUUUGGGAGGCUGAGGUGGGUGGAUUACCUGAGGUCAGGAGUUUGAGACCAGCCUGGCCAACUUAGUGAAAUCCCGUCUCUACUAAAAAUAGAAAAAUUAGCUGGGUGUGGUGGCGCAUGCCUGUAAUCCCAGCUACUCAGGAGGCUGAAGCAGGAGAAUUGCUUGAACCUGAGAGGCAGAGGCCGCAGUGAGCAAAGAUCAUGCCACUGCACUCCAGCCUGGGUGACAGAGUAAGACUCAGUCUCAAAAAAUAAAAAUAAAAAAGCCACAGUGGACUCUGUAACUCAAGCGUGUGAAAUUUGUCUUAGAAAUAAUUCCUGAGCCCAUCCACUGGCUCUGCCCCAGUGCAGCAUAAGAAGACCUAUCCUGGAGAAGAUUGGCGAAUUACACAGAUACCCCUAAAGGGGAAUUCAAAUAUAUUCUGAUUUUUAUAGACACUUUCGCAGGCUGGGUGGAAGCUUUCCCCACACAAACAGAAAAAGCAAUUGAAGUUUGUAAAUGACUGCUUAAAGGCCAGAUGCGGUGGCUCACGCCUGUAAUCCCAGCAGUUUGGGAGGCUGAGGUGGGCGGAUCACCUGAGGCCGGGAGUUUAAGACCAGCCUGACCAACAUGGUGAAACCCCAUCUCUACUAAAAAUACAAAAAUUAAGGCCAGGCGCGGUGGCUCACACCUGUAAUCCCUGCACUUUGGGAGGCUGAGGCGGGCGGAUCACAAUCCGGAGAUCAAGACCAUCCUGGUUAACACGGUGAAACCCCGUCUCUACUAAAAAUACAAAAAAUUAGCUGGGCAUGGUGGCAGGCGCCUGUAGUCCCAACUACUCGGGAGGCUGAGGCAGGAGAAUGGCAUGAACCCGGGAGGCGGAGCUUGCAGGGAGCCAAGAUUGCACCACUGCACUCCAGCCUGGGUGACAGAAUGAGACUCCGUCUCAAAAAAACAAAACAAAACAAAACAAAAAUUAGCUGGGCGUGGUGGCACAGGGCACCUGUAAUCCCAGCUACUAGAAAGGCUGAGGCAGGAGAAUUACCUGAACCCUGGAGGUGGAGGUUGCAGUGAACUGAGAUCAUGCCACUGCAUUCCAACCUGGGCAACAAGAAUGAGACUCUGUCAAAAAAAAAAUUAAAAACCAAACCAAACCAGACAAACAAAAAGUGAAUGGCUGCUUAAACAAGGAAUUCCUAGGUUUGGGCUUCCAGCUUCCCUACAAAGUGACAACAGGCUGUCUUUUAUCAUCUAGGUCACCAAAGGGCUGUCUAGCCAUCUUCGCAUCCAACACAAACUUCACCCUGCCUGGCAUCCUCAAUCUUCCGGGAAAGUUGAGAGAAUGAAUCAAACCCUUAAAAAGAACCUUGGCUACACUAUGCCAAGAAGCCCAGAAAUCAUGGAUUAAGUGCCUCCCUAUUGCCUUACUAAGAAUAAGAUCCACCCCAAAGGGGAACUUAAAGCUCAGCCCUUUUAAAAUGACCUAUUGGAGCAGUCCUUUCUCAAGACAAACUUUCUAAUAGAUGAAGACUUAAAUCAGGCUUUAAAAUACAUUAUCAACUUGGGGAAAAUUUAGCAGACAAUAUAAUAAUAAAAUAUUACCCCAGUUGGGUAAGAUGGUUUGGGAUCAUUUCCCUAUUAGCUCAGGUGCACAGGUCAUACUCAAGACAUGGUGAGGGCCUGGCAUGAAUCAUGCUCCCACUGUACCCUCUUCUUUUUUUUUUUUUUUAAACGGAGUCUCACUCUGUUGCCCAGGUUGGAGGGCAGUGGCACGAUCUCGGCUCACUGCAACCUCCACCUCCUGGGUUCAAGGGAUUCUCCUGCCUCAGCCUCCCAAGUAGCUGGGACUACAGGUGCAUGCUACCAUGCCUGGCUAAUUUUUUUGUAUUUUAGAGAUGGGGUUUUCACCGUGUUAGCCAGGAUGGUCUCGAUCUCCUGACCUCGUGAUCCACCCGCCUCGGCCUCCCAAAGUGCUGGGAUUACAGGCGUGAGCCGCUGCGCCCGGCCACUGUACCCUCUUCUAUCUCACUGUAACCUCUUCCUUUUAGUCUGGGUGCAGGGUACCUGGAGUCACAAUAGCCCUAGGCAUAUAGUGGACCAGGUGAGGCAGGCCCUGGAAAGGCUAAAAACCUCCCUCAAUUCUCUUGCUAAUGUGGUGUUGGACAACUGCUUGGCCUUACCUUCCAUAACUUGGUUCCUUCCUUUCUUAAGCCCUUAUUAGCUAUCUUUCUUCGUUUAAUCUUUAAACCAUGCUUCUUUAACCUGCUGGUAAAAUUUGUGUCUUUCAGACUACAAUAGUUUCAUGUCAAGUUAAUCGUCAUGCAAGACUUCUAGGUUACUUAUUAGCUGAACAGGAAGAUGUUUGUACAGUCACCACACCUCCCGCUGCACUUGGAUAAAUACUACUGGGCAAGUAGAGGUUAACACCCAGGCAAUUUACAAUCAGGAAAUUGGUUACACUCUUUUGGUAAAGGAAGUCAACUUAGUGUAGAAUGCUGUCAGAUCAACCUUACCCUUGUAAGGCUUGUAACUUGGUUCCUCCCUUUCUUAAGCCCUUAUUGGCUAUCUUUCUUCUUUUAAUAUUUAAAGUUUUUCAUCUUUAAAUUUUUAAUUUUUAAACCAUGCUUGCUUAACCUGCUGGUAAAAUUCAUGUCUUUCAGACUGUAAUGCUUUCAUGCCAAGUAAAUGGUCUUGCCAGGCUUCCAGCCUGUUUCAGAGACCACUAGCCCAGAGCCGUAUCAGCCCCUUCAGCAAGCCAUAAGAAAUUUCUACUCCUCCUGGAAAUAGAUGUAGAGACUAUGUCCAUGCUUAGCAGGAAGUAGUUCCAGAAGAGACCUUUGCUCCUUAAGAAUAAGGAGAAUGAAAUCUCUUGGCUGGGAAUGAGACAGCUGGCUGGCUUCCUAUUUUGAGGUGGUUUAGUGAAAAAGAACAAAAACCCCUUACUCAAGCUGUAGCUUAUCUGCGGCAGGUUAAUUAAGGAAUCAGAGAGACUGUGGGGUUGAGGAGGAAUUAUUUAAUUAUUCAGGUGCACCGACCCAGUCAGAUUAACAUCCAAAGGACUGAGCCCUGAACAAAGAGCCAAGCUACCUUUUAAGCAUUUCGUGGGGCUGGGGGAGAUCUGUGCAGGGGGAAGCAUAUCACAGAAGUGAGAAACAAAGACAGUCAUUCAACUGAGACAUGCAUUAUAUCAUUUUUUUUCAAGGAACAGCAUGUUUUACAAUUUGAGAUUAUCUGUCUAGUGAUCUUACAGCUGCACAGCUAGAGAAACAGAGUCUUCACAAUGCCUGGGAAAGGGAGAGAUAAGGCUCACUAGCCAUAGAAAAACAGGCAGUUAAUUUUAAAGGACUCCAGCUCUUUCUCUUCCUCAGGGGGAAUUGGGUUUGCUUACAUACAACCAAGUUUUGCUUACACAUUCUUUAUUUCUUUUAAUUCCUGUUCUAUACCUAAUCUCCAGCCAGUCAGCAUCAGAGGCCCAAGAAGCUAUUAACCACAAGUUCCUGCUUUAGGGGCUUAGGGACUUCCCCAGAAAGCCACAGGAACAGCUUAAGUUUCAACUUACAGUGAUAUUUUCCUUAUUUCAAUGCUAAAAAUCAUGCUCAGAGGUAGAGAUUUACAAUGCCAAUAUUACGUGCAAUGUAUGAAAAACCAUGUUGAACCAUUGUGCAGGCGCCAAGAAAUCCCUUGUUAACACAUGAUGACAGGCACAUCAUGGCAUCUGGACCCCUACAACACAGAUCGACUUGCUCCCUGUGGGGAGCAGCCUACCCUUUUCCUUUCAUGGUGCUGACCUCCCUUCUGCACAAACUGAAACAAACUUUUUUUUUUCUCUUUAAUACUGUGUCUGGUAAUCUCACUUGAUUUCUAUCUUAGGAGACUACAACAAGCCAGGAUGAUGGUAACAUCUCUGUCAAGAUGACAUAGAUUUAUUUUUCCUGGCUCCUCUCUGCUAAAAACCCUGGAAUAACAUAACAGAUAUUCUUAAGAGGACUCUGAAAGAUAAAAAGAAGGAAAACUGACAAGGGGCCUUAGAACUCGAGAAACAUCUCAGUGGCCCAGCAUCUCUCAAUUUCUUACCCAACGACAGGAGGUGGUCUAGAUCCGGCAUCUCCCCAGCCCCCUAUCCAGCAGCAGAAAGCACCCAGGUAGGUGCUUUCCCCACCCUGGUGGAUGGCAGAGAUGAAGGAAGAGCCCUGCUGGCACCACACAGCCCAGGGAAGUACUCUCCACCCUUUUGUGCCAGUGUCUCCUACUCCUAACCUAGCAGCACCAAGCAGGCCCCAAGAAAAUGCUUUUAACCUCCAUUGGUGGUACUAACAGGAAUUGGGUAUGAGCUCAACCAGCACCAGGCAAAUGAAAUAGACCAGAAUAAUAAUGCAAGGGCUCUGAAAACUAAAUUGUCAUUGGAAUCACAGCACACAAAAGUAGGCCAGGACCUGCAUGCUAACCUAAAAACGGUGACUGCUAAAAUGGAAGAGUUAAAUAGGAUCCAGGGUCUCCUCUCAUAAUACCAGAAAUGUCCAGGAUAUAAUUUAAAAAUCAUACAUAAUAUGAACAACCAGAAAAAUCACAACUUGAAUGAGAAAAGCCAAUCAACAAUCUAACACUGAGAUGAAAGAUUUUAGAAUUAUCUGACAAAGAUCUAAAGUAGCCAUCAUAAAAAUGUUUCACCAAGCAAGUAGAAAUUCCUUGCAAAGAUGGGAAAGAAAAGAAAAUCUCACCAAAGAAAUGGAAAGUAUGUUCUUAAAGAAUCAAAUGAAAAUGAUAAAACUGAAAAAUACAAUAACUAAAAUAAAAACUCACUGGAAAGGCUCAAGAGCAGAGCAACUAUGACAAAGGAAAUAAGAAGUGAACUUGAAGAUAGAACAAUAAAAAUUACCCAAUCCAAAAAACAGAGAGACAAUCAACUUUAAAAAAGAGAAACAGAAAAUGACUAACAAGGGCUCAGAGAACCUGCAGGACAAUUAUAUAAUAGCUAACAUUUGUAUUAUCAGAUUAACAGAAGGAGAAAAGAAAGUGGGGCUGAAAAAUAUUUGAAGAAUAAUGACCAAACCUUCCCAAAUUGGCAAAAGACAUAAACCUACAGAUGCAAGAAGCUAAACAGAAUAAAUCUGACGGAUUCCAUGCCAAAACGCAGUACAACUAACUUAUGAAAGCAAAGGCAAACAAUGAAACUAUCUUGGAAGCAGCUAGAGAGGAAUUAUAAAUUGUCUAUAGGGAACACUGAUCAAAUGACAAAAAAUUUCUUAUCAAAAACCAUGGAGAAGAAAGCCUGGAGCAGUACUCUUCAAGUGCUGAAAGAAAAUAUCUGCUGAGAAUCUUUUUUUUUUUUUUUUUUUGAGACAGUCUCGCUCUGUCCUCCAGGCUGGAGUGCAGUGGUGUGCUUUUGGCUCACUGCAACCUCCACCUCCCAGUGAUUCUCCUGCCUCAGCCUCCCAGGUAGCUGGGACUACAGGUGCCCGCCACUGUGCCCGGCUAAUUUUUGUACUUUUAUUAGAGACAGGGUUUCACCAUGUUGGCCAGGCUGGUCUGGAACUCCUGAGCUUGUGAUCUGCCCGCCUCAGCACCCCAAAGUGCUGGGAUUACAGGCAUGAGCCACUGUGCCCAGCCGAGAAUCUUACAUCUAGCAAAACUAUCUACGGGGUAUGAAGAAGAAAUAAAAAGCUUUUAGAUGAAGGAAGACUACAAGACUUUGCCAUCAGCAGAAUUAUUUUUAGAGAAUGAUUAAAGGAAGUUCUCCAAACUCCAAAUGAUUACAGGAAAAGGCUCAGAACUUUAGAAAGGAAGGAAGAAUAGCAGAAUGGACAAAAAUAGUGAUAACUAUAGCAGAUUACCCUUCUCAUGAGUUUCUAAAAAUUGUAGUUGGUUGAAGAAAAAAUUAUAGUAUUAUCUGAUGUCUAUAGGAAGAGACAAUACUUAAAAUAGUUAUAUGUGUAUACACACACGCAUAUGUAUAAGUGGGAGGGUAAAAGGAUCUACAUGGAUGUAAAGUUUCAACACUUCAAUCAAAGUGGUAAAAUAUUCAUAAGUUGGAUUAUAAUCAGUUACAUAUGUAUAUUGUAGUACUAGAGCAAGUGCUAAGAAAAUUCUACAAAUUAUGUAUUCAAAAAUAAUAUAAAUCAAAAUGGAAUGCUAAAAAAUGCUCAUGUAACUCACAGGAAUGCAAGAAAAAAUAAGAAUGAGAAAUGGAACAAAUGGAAAAUGAAUAUUAAAAUGUUAAACUUAAGUCCAAACAUAUCAAUAACUACUUUAAAUGUAAAUAGUCUGUCUGCUUACAUGAAAUAAAAAGCCAGAGAUUGGUAGAGUGGAUUUAAAAAAUGAUCCAACUAGAUACUGUCUCCAAAAAACUUUACUCCAAAUAUAACAACAUAGGUAGGUUGAAAAUAAAAGAAUAGAAAAAUAUAUUAAUUUUAUUAAUUUAUGUUAUUAUAAAUAUAAAUUUUAGGCUGGGCACGGUGGCUCACCCCUGUAAUCCCAGAACUUUGGGAGGCCAAGGCGGAUAGAUCACUUGAGGUCAGGAGUUCAAGACCAGCAUGGUCAACAUGGUGAAACCCCGUAUCUAUCAAAAAUACAAAAAUUAGCCAGGCGUGGUCACAGGUGCCUGUAAUCCCAGCCACUUGGGAGGCUGAAGCAGGAGAAUUGCGUGAACCUGGGAGGCAGAGGCUGCAGUGAGCCGAGAUCAUGCCCUUGCACUCCAGCUUGGGCAACAGAGCAAGACUCUUGUCUAAAAAAAAAAAAUAUAUAUAUAUAUAUACAUAUAUGUAUGUAUAAUUUUAAAUAUAAAUUUUUAAAAGGAAGGAAGUACUAUAUUAACACGAAAAUACUUUCCUUCAGAGCGAAAAACAUUGCUAAAAACAAAGGAUCAUUCUGCCAAGACAUUGCAAUCCUAAGGUAUGUGUACCAAACAACAGAGAUUCAAGUACAUGAAGCAAAAACUGAUAGAGCUGAAAGGUGAAAUAGACAAGUCCACAAAUAUAGUUGGAGAAUUAAAAACCUCAAUCUCACCAAAUUGAUAGAACUACCAGGGAUAAAAUAUGUGAGAAUAUCAAAGAACUGAAUAACAGCAUUAAUCAACAGGAUCUAAUUGAUAUUUAUAGAAUGCUCUAUUCAACAAUAGACAAAUCCAUAAAUACAUUUGGGAAAUUCAAAGCCUUGGUCUUGUUAGCAACAACAACAACAACAAAGAAGUAGUUCUUUUGUUUCAUUGAUUUUCUCAUGUUCAGUUUUAUUAAUUUCUGCUCUUCAUUAUUUCCUUUCUUCUGCGUUGUGUUUGUUUUGGUCUUUUACUACUUUCUUGUGUAAGAAGAGCUUAGAAUAUUGGUUUAAGAACUUUCCUCUUUCCUAAUGUAAAUAUUUAAUGCCAUAAAUUUCCCUUUAGCUAUAUCCCACAUAUUUUGAAAUAUCUUCUUUUCAUUUUCAUUUAAUUCUAUGUAUUUUUGAUACUUCCUCUUUGGCCCAUGGAUUAUUUAGAAGUGAGUUGCUCAAUAUCCUUAUGAGUGGAGAUUUUCCUGUUUUUCUGUUAUGCAUUUCAAGCUGAUUCCAUUAUGGUCAGAGAACAUCUCCUAUAGAAUUUCAAUUAUUAUAGGCAGAGAGGAAGUGUGAAUGUCAAAUGUUAGAGGGAAGGAACUAGAGGCAAGUUGCAAAUAAUGGGUCAUUGGAGAGUUUAACAAAACGUUCAGUGCCUAUGGAAGUCGGAUUGUGGGAUCCAGAGCGUAAAGGAAUUAAGUUAGAAAUUGCCCGCAAGCCUGAAUUUAGCUGGAGAGGGUAAAUUCUCUUCCACUGUGCUCCGGUCUAUAAAGCCAAGACUAGUCAGAGGGGCCCAGGGGUCUGGGAUGGUGUAGCCAGUGCCCAUGCUGCAAGGAGACAGAGGCAGAUAAGCAGGAAGAGGCCGAAAGGCUCAGGUACACAAAUACCCUUGUUUGGGCUCAGAGCAAGGCUGCCAGUGGAGGGAUGGAUGCAAUUUCUCUGACCAUAAGGAAGUGUCCCCAGAGUUUAUUUCCCGGGUCACCAAAGGGUUUCCUGAGAGUUGAUAUAAUACAGGGUAAAGUACAGGGGUGUACACGCACGCACACACACACACACACACACACACACACUUGGGCCUUAAAAGGAGUGAGAAAGAAGACCCAAGGGGAUUGGCACAUACAGAGUAUUAAUUUGUGAGAUCUCCCACCACAACCACCCCAUUUCUGGGGACUCUGGCUGUGGAGAGCGAUGAUGAAUUUUGAAGGCAGGAAGCUUCUUUCUGUGAUCAACCAGGGGAAACCCCAAGGCUUAGAGAGACUUGAGGGCCAGAAACACCCAUGAAACUCACCUGAUUCUUUCCCUUCACCUCCCAUUUGUCUCUGAGUGCCUCUAACUACAAGAGGCGUAUCGCACACAGAGGAUUUUAUUUUCUUUUUUCUUUUUCUCCCCAGGCCAGAGUGCAGUGGCAUGAUCACGGCUCGCUGCAGCCUCAGACUCCUAGGAUCAAGCAAUCCUCCCACCUUAGCCUCCUGAAUGGUGGAGACUACAGGUGCAUGCCACCACACUCGGUUUAUUUUUAUAUUUUUUGUAGAGAAAGGGUCUCACUAUGUUGCCCAGGCUGGUCUUGACCUUGUGGCCUCAAGUGAUCCUCCUGCCUCAGCCUCCCAAGUAGCUGGGACUACAAGCAUGCACCACCGUGCCUGGCUAAUUUUUGUAUUUUUUUGUAGAUACAGGGUCUCACUAUGUUGGUCUUGAACCAGGCUGGUCUCAAACUCGUGGCCUUAAGCAUUCUUCCUGCCUCAGCCUCCCAAAAUGCUGGAAUUAUAAGCUGAGCCACUGCGCCUGGCCUGACAGAGAAUUUUCACAUCUUGGUUUGCAAUUGCUGUUUCCUCCUAGGAAUGCCGACGUCUCCUCCUCCGAGUCCUUCUCCGUCUCAGGGACCCAGCAGCCCCUUCCACCAACUUUUAGACCCCUCAGGGACCCAGGCAUCCUUUUCCCAAAACUUCCACUUCCUGUGGGUCCCCUGCCCCUGCUUGUUUCUUGUUAUCUCUGGCUUUUAGCCAGUCUCCUAUUUACUCACCUCAUUUUCCUGUUUGACUUUAUGUCCCAGUCACCUCUUAGCCUUUAUGUUUCCCUCCAGGAACAUUUCUUGGGUGGGCGUGGGGAUUGGUUGGAGCUCCAGAGAGAGAGAAGCCCCCCACCCGCUCUGGCCUCCCAGAGGCCCAGGCUCCUGUGAUAAGAGAGGAGGAGCCCCAGGGGCAGCAGCUGCUAGGGUGUUGGUCCAAGAGAGCACCCAGGCUUUGCAGCUGCUGGUCCCAGGGGAAACUCCCCCAGCAAACAAUGAGAUCCCGGGUCAGGGAGAAGGUAGGCAGGGCAUGGGUCAGGCCAGCCCCUCAGAGGAGCUGACUCCAGCUGAGAAAGCCCAACUUUCAGCUCAUUCUUCUGCUCCUUGUGUGCAACCUAGACCUCUACCUCCCAUCUCAGGCAAAUUCUGGGGUGAUGGAGAGGCACAGAGUCCCCUAAACCUGUUCAGCUAGCCCCUGCUAAGAGCAAACCCUCCCUACACACAAAAAAACUCCAAAACCAACAGGUCCUGGCUCUUCCUCAGUCCCCACAGGCUGGGGAGUCCCUGGCCACCUAUAUCCUGUUUCCAGCACCACUGAGGGGCAGGUGUCUGGGAUCAGAAGUAGAAUCCGGGUGUCUGUGUGGAACCAGGAAACAGAGGCCAUUGUCCCUUCUUCACACACCGCCUCAGUCCCAGUGCCCACACCAGAGGAGGCUGCCCCCCAGCUCUACAGUCCUUGAGAAUUUUUUUACAUCUCUGGGACGUAAAGAUGCCCAGAGAGGCUGGUUUUGGUGUUCCCAUUUUGCAGAUGAGAAACCGCAGACGCCCCGCUGGCCUGCGGUGGAGGUCUUGUGUCCCACUCCAUAGCCUCAGACUCCUGCCCAUCCCAGACACCUGCCCCUAGUGGUGUCUGGAAGCAGGAUGUGGGUGGCUAGGGACUCCCCAGCCUGUGGGGACUGAGAAGGAACCAGGACCCGGAUAUGGGUCCCUCAUUGUUGUUCCUGGCAGGAGCCAAAGGAAGGAAUCUAGCCACUAAACCAGCAAAUAUGACCACAUGCCACCUCCCGCCCUCACUGCCCACACCCCCACCCCACCCCACCUCCACCCAGGGACCCAGGUGCUCAGCUGCCUGCUCCCCAGCUGUCUCCCUCAGGGACCCCACCCUUCCAGGACCAAACUCUCCAGAAGACUUCCAGGGAAUGGCCACCAGCUGUCCUCACUCCCUUCUUGGAACCCAGGCAUCCAGAAUCACCGUCCCUCCUUCCCAGGCCUUCACAGUUUCCCGUUUCAUCUGGCCGUGAGGAUGGCAGCCUCCUCCAGGAAGUUGGCAUCAUCUGCCUGGCACGUGGCCCAGGGUGUGGCCCAGAAACUCCACUAUAUAGCCCUGCCACAGGGCUGGCCCUGCAGCUCCAGGGACCUGCAGCCAUGGGUGCCCUAUGGAGCUGGUGGAUACUCUGGGCUGGAGCAACCCUCCUGUGGGGAUUGACCCAGGAGGCUUCAGUGGACCUCAAGAACACUGGCAGAGAGGAAUUCCUCACAGCCUUCCUGCAGAACUAUCAGCUGGCCUACAGCAAGGCCUACCCCUGCCUCCUUAUCUCCAGUCUGUCAGAGAGCCCCGCUUCAGUCUCCAUCCUCAGCCAGGCAGACAACACCUCAAAGAAGGUCACAGUGAGGCCCGGGGAGUCGGUCAUGGUCAACAUCAGUGCCAAGGCUGAGAUGAUAGGCAGCAAGAUCUUCCAGCAUGCGGUGGUGAUCCAUUCUGACUAUGCCAUCUCUGUGCAGGCACUAAAUGCCAAGCCCGACACAGCGGAGCUGACACUGCUGCGGCCCAUCCAGGCCCUAGGCACCGAGUACUUUGUGCUCACACCCCCUGGCACCUCAGCCAGGAAUGUCAAGGAGUUCGCCGUGGUGGCCGGUGCCGCAGGUGCCUCGGUCAGUGUCACGCUGAAGGGGUCACUGACAUUCAAUGGCAAGUUCUAUCCAGCAGGCGAUGUCCUAAGAGUGACUCUACAGCCCUACAAUGUGGCGCAGCUACAGAGCUCAAUGGAUCUCUCGGGGUCAAAGGUCACAGCUAGUAGCCCCGUGGCAGUCCUCUCUGGCCACAGCUGUGCGCAGAAACAUACGACCUGCGACCAUGUGGUCGAGCAGCUGCUACCCACAUCUGCCUGGGGCACCCACUAUGUAGUACCCACGCUGGCCUCCCAAUCUCGCUAUGAUUUGGCCUUCGUUGUGGCCAGCCAGGCCACAAAGCUGACCUACAACCAUGGGGGUAUCACUGGCUCCCGUGGGCUCCAGGCAGGUGAUGUGGUAGAGUUUGAGGUCCGGCCAUCCUGGCCACUCUACCUGUCUGCAAAUGUGGGCAUCCAGGUCCUGCUGUUUGGCACAGGUGCCAUAAGGAAUAAAGUGACUUAUGACCCCUACCUGGUCCUGAUCCCAGAUGUGGCGGCCUACUGCCCAGCCUAUGUGGUCAAGAGUGUACCAGGCUGUGAGGGCAUGGCCCUGGUAGUGGCACAGACGAAGGCUAUCAGCGGGCUGACCAUAGAUGGGCAUGCAGUGGGGGCCAAGCUCACCUGGGAGGCUGUGCCAGGCAGUGAGUUCUCGUAUGCUGAAGUGGAGCUCGGCACAGCUGACGUGAUCCACACGGCCGAGGCCACCACCAACUUCGGACUGCUCACCUUCGGGCUGGCCAAGGCUAUAGGCUAUGCAACAGCAGCUGAUUGCGGCCGGACUGUACUGUCCCCAGCGGAGCCCUCCUGCGAAGGCGUGCAGUGCGCAGCCGGGCAGCGCUGCCAGGUGGUAGGCGGGAAGGCCGGGUGUGUGGCGGAGUCCACCGCUGUCUGCCGCGCCCAGGGCGACCCCCAUUACACCACCUUCGACGGCCGUCGCUACGACAUGAUGGGCACCUGUUCGUACACAAUGGCGGAGCUGUGCAGCGAGGACGACACCCUGCCCGCCUUCAGCGUGGAGGCCAAGAACGAGCACCGGGGCAGCCGCCGCGUCUCCUACGUGGGCCUUGUCACUGUGCGCGCCUACAGCCACUCUGUGUCGCUGACCCGAGGUGAAGUUGGCUUCGUCCUGGUUGACAACCAGCGCUCGCGCCUGCCAGUCUCCCUGAGCGAGGGUCGCCUGCGUGUGUACCAGAGCGGACCACGGGCCGUGGUGGAGCUGGUCUUUGGGCUGGUGGUCACUUAUGACUGGGACUGCCAGCUGGCACUCAGCCUGCCUGCGCGCUUCCAAGACCAGGUGUGCGGGCUGUGUGGCAACUAUAAUGGUGACCCAGCAGACGACUUCCUCACGCCUGACGGGGCUCUGGCUCCUGACGCUGUGGAGUUCGCAAGUAGCUGGAAGCUGGAUGAUGGGGACUACCUGUGUGAGGAUGGCUGCCAGAACAACUGUCCCGCCUGCACCCCAGGCCAGGCCCAACACUAUGAGGGCGACCGACUCUGUGGCAUGCUGACCAAGCUCGAUGGCCCUUUCGCUGUCUGCCAUGACACCCUGGACCCCAGGCCCUUCCUGGAGCAGUGUGUAUAUGACCUGUGUGUGGUCGGUGGGGAGCGGCUCAGCCUGUGCCGUGGCCUCAGUGCCUAUGCCCAGGCCUGUCUGGAGCUUGGCAUCUCGGUUGGGGACUGGAGAUCACCAGCCAACUGCCCCCUGUCCUGCCCAACCAACAGCCGCUAUGAGCUCUGCGGCCCUGCUUGCCCGACCUCCUGCAACGGGGCUGCGGCGCCGUCCAACUGCUCCGGGCGCCCCUGCGUGGAGGGCUGCGUGUGCCUCCCAGGCUUCGUGGCCAGCGGCGGCGCCUGCGUGCCGGCCUCGUCGUGUGGCUGCACCUUCCAGGGUCUCCAGCUCGCUCCGGGCCAGGAAGUGUGGGCGGACGAGUUGUGCCAAAGGCGCUGCACCUGCAACGGCGCCACCCAUCAGGUCACCUGCCGCGACACGCAGAGCUGCCCGGCGGGUGAGCGCUGCAGCGUCCAGAACGGCCUCCUGGGCUGCUACCCCGAUCGCUUCGGGACCUGCCAGGGGUCCGGGGACCCACACUAUGUGAGCUUCGACGGCCGGCGCUUCGACUUCAUGGGCACCUGCACGUACCUGCUGGUCGGCUCAUGCGGCCAGAACGCAGCGCUGCCUGCCUUCCGGGUGCUGGUGGAAAACGAGCAUCGGGGCAGCCAGACUGUGAGCUACACGCGCGCCGUGCGGGUGGAGGCCCGCGGGGUGAAGGUGGCCGUGCGCCGGGAGUACCCCGGGCAAGUGCUGGUGGAUGACAUCCUUCAGUAUCUGCCCUUCCAAGCAGCAGAUGGGCAGGUGCAGGUGUUCCGCCAGGGCGGGGAUGCCGUCGUGCGCACGGACUUUGGCCUGACUGUCACUUAUGACUGGAAUGCACGAGUGACUGCCAAGGUGCCCAGCAGCUAUGCUGAGGCCCUGUGUGGACUCUGUGGGAACUUCAACGGGGACCCAGCUGAUGACCUGGCUCUGCGGGGUGGGGGUCAAGCUGCCAAUGCACUGGCCUUUGGGAACAGCUGGCAAGAAGAGACGAGGCCUGGCUGUGGAGCAACUGAACCGGGUGACUGUCCCAAGCUGGACUCCCUGGUGGCCCAGCAGCUGCAGAGCAAGAAUGAGUGUGGAAUCCUUGCCGACCCCAAGGGGCCCUUCCGGGAGUGCCACAGCAAGCUGGACCCCCAGGGUGCCGUGCGCGACUGUGUCUAUGACCGCUGCCUGCUGCCAGGCCAGUCUGGGCCACUGUGUGAUGCACUGGCCACCUAUGCUGCUGCAUGCCAGGCUGCUGGAGCCACAGUGCACCCCUGGAGGAGUGAAGAACUUUGCCCACUGAGCUGCCCACCCCACAGCCACUAUGAGGCGUGUUCGUACGGCUGCCCGCUGUCCUGUGGAGACCUCCCAGUGCUCGGGGGCUGUGGCUCAGAAUGCCAUGAGGGCUGCGUGUGCGAUGAGGGCUUUGUGCUCAGUGGUGAGUCCUGCCUGCCCCUGGCCUCCUGUGGCUGCGUACACCAGGGCACCUACCACCCACCAGGCCAGACCUUCUACCCUGGCCCCGGAUGUGAUUCCCUUUGCCACUGCCAGGAGGGCGGCCUGGUGUCCUGUGAGUCCUCCAGCUGCGGACCGCACGAGGCCUGCCAGCCAUCUGGUGGCAGCUUGGGCUGUGUGGCCGUGGGCUCUAGCACCUGCCAGGCGUCGGGAGAUCCCCACUACACCACCUUCGAUGGCCACCGCUUCGACUUCAUGGGCACCUGCGUGUAUGUGCUGGCUCAGACCUGCGGCACCCGGCCUGGCCUACAUCGGUUUGCCGUCCUGCAGGAGAACGUGGCCUGGGGUAAUGGGCGAGUCAGUGUGACCAGGGUGAUCACGGUCCAGGUGGCAAACUUCACCCUGCGGCUGGAGCAGAGACAGUGGAAGGUCACGGUGAACGGUGUGGACAUGAAGCUGCCCGUGGUGCUGGCCAACGGCCAGAUCCGUGCCUCCCAGCAUGGUUCAGAUGUUGUGAUUGAGACCGACUUCGGCCUGCGUGUGGCCUACGACCUUGUGUACUAUGUGCGGGUCACCGUCCCCGGAAACUACUACCAGCUGAUGUGUGGCCUGUGUGGGAACUACAACGGCGACCCCAAGGAUGACUUCCAGAAGCCCAAUGGCUCGCAGGCAGGCAACGCCAAUGAGUUCGGCAACUCCUGGGAGGAGGUGGUACCCGACUCUCCCUGCCGGCCGCCCACCCCUUGCCCGCCGGGGAGCGAGGACAAGUGUCCUCCCGAGCUGGAGAAGAAGUAUCAGAAGGAGGAGUUCUGUGGGCUCCUCUCCAGCCCCACAGGGCCACUGGCCUCCUGCCACAAGCUGGUGGAUCCCCAGGGUCCCUUGGAAGAUUGCGUCUUUGAUCUCUGCCUGGGUGGUGGGAACCUGAGCAUUCUCUGCAGCAACAUCCAUGCCUACGUGAGUGCUUGCCAGGCGGCUGGAGGCCUCGUGGAGCCCUGGAGGAAUGAAACUUUCUGUCCCAUGGAGUGCCCUCAGAACAGUCACUACGAGCUCUGUGCAGACACCUGCUCCCUGGGCUGCUCGGCUCUCAGUGCCCCUCCACAGUGCCAGGAUGGGUGUGCUGAGGGCUGCCAGUGUGACUCCGGCUUCCUCUACAACGGCCAGGCCUGCGUGCCCAUCCAGCAAUGCGGCUGCUACCACAAUGGUGUCUACUAUGAGCCGGAGCAGACAGUUCUCAUUGACAACUGUCAGCAGCAGUGUACGUGCCAUGCGGGUAAAGGCGUGGUGUGCCAGGAACACAGCUGCAAGCCGGGGCAGGUGUGCCAGCCCUCCAGAGGCAUCCUGAGCUGCGUCACCAAAGACCCGUGCCACGGCGUGACAUGCCGGCCACAGGAGACGUGCAAGGAGCAGGGUGGCCAGGGCGUGUGCCUGCCCAACUAUGAGGCCACGUGCUGGCUGUGGGGCGACCCACACUACCACUCCUUCGAUGGCCGGAAGUUUGACUUCCAGGGCACCUGUAACUAUGUGCUGGCAACAACUGGCUGCCCGGGGGUCAGCACCCAGGGCCUGACACCCUUCACCGUCACCACCAAGAAUGAGAACCGGGGCAACCCUGCUGUGUCCUACGUGAGAGUCGUCACCGUGGCUGCCCUCGGCACCAACAUCUCCAUCCACAAGGACGAGAUCGGCAAAGUCCGGGUGAACGGUGUGCUCACAGCCUUGCCUGUCUCCGUGGCCGACGGGCGGAUUUCAGUGACCCAGGGUGCAUCGAAGGCACUGCUGGUGGCUGACUUUGGACUGCAAGUCAGCUAUGACUGGAAUUGGCGGGUAGACGUGACGCUGCCCAGCAGCUAUCAUGGCGCAGUGUGCGGGCUCUGCGGUAACAUGGACCGCAACCCCAACAAUGACCAGGUCUUCCCUAAUGGCACACUGGCUCCGUCCAUACCCAUCUGGGGCGGCAGCUGGCGAGCCCCAGGCUGGGACCCACUGUGUUGGGACGAAUGUCGGGGGUCCUGCCCAACGUGCCCUGAGGACCGGUUGGAGCAGUACGAGGGCCCUGGCUUCUGCGGACCCCUGGCCCCUGGCACAGGGGGCCCCUUCACCACCUGCCAUGCUCAUGUGCCACCUGAGAGCUUCUUCAAGGGCUGUGUUCUGGACGUCUGCAUGGGUGGUGGGGACCAUGACAUUCUUUGCAAGGCACUGGCUUCCUACGUGGCUGCCUGCCAGGCCGCUGGGGUUGUCAUCGAAGACUGGCGGGCACAGGUCGGCUGUGAGAUCACCUGCCCAGAAAACAGCCACUAUGAGGUCUGUGGCCCACCCUGCCCGGCCAGCUGUCCGUCCCCUGCACCCCUUACGACUCCGGCCGUAUGCGAGGGCCCCUGUGUGGAGGGCUGCCAGUGCGACGCGGGUUUCGUGUUAAGUGCUGACCGCUGUGUUUCCCUCAACAACGGCUGCGGCUGCUGGGCCAAUGGCACCUACCACGAGGCGGGCAGUGAGUUUUGGGCUGAUGGCACCUGCUCCCAGAGGUGUCGCUGCGGGCCUGGGGGUGGCUCGCUGGUCUGCACACCUGCCAGCUGUGGGCUGGGUGAAGUGUGUGGCCUCCUGCCAUCCGGCCAGCACGGCUGCCAGCCCAUCAGCACAGCUGAGUGCCAGGCGUGGGGUGACCCCCAUUACGUCACUCUGGAUGGGCACCGAUUCGAUUUCCAAGGCACCUGCGAGUACCUGCUGAGUGCACCCUGCCACGGACCACCCUUGGGGGCUGAGAACUUCACUGUCACUGUAGCCAAUGAGCACCGGGGCAGCCAGGCUGUCAGCUACACCCGCAGUGUCACCCUGCAAAUCUACAACCACAGCCUGACACUGAGUGCCCGCUGGCCCCGGAAGCUACAGGUGGACGGCGUGUUCGUGGCUCUGCCCUUCCAGCUGGACUCGCUCCUGCACGCACACCUGAGCGGCGCCGACGUGGUGGUGACCACAACCUCAGGGCUCUCGCUGGCUUUCGAUGGGGACAGCUUCGUGCGCCUGCGCGUGCCGGCGGCGUACGCGGGCUCUCUCUGUGGCUUAUGCGGGAACUACAACCAGGACCCCGCAGACGACCUGAAGGCUGUGGGCGGGAAGCCCGCCGGAUGGCAGGUGGGCGGGGCCCAGGGCUGCGGAGAAUGUGUGUCCAAGCCAUGCCCGUCGCCGUGCACCCCAGAGCAGCAAGAGUCCUUCGGCGGCCCGGACGCGUGCGGCGUGAUCUCCAACACCGACGGCCCGCUGGCGCCCUGCCACGGCCUUGUGCCGCCCGCGCAGUACUUCCAGGGCUGCUUGCUGGACGCCUGCCAAGUUCAGGGCCAUCCUGGAGGCCUCUGUCCUGCAGUGGCCGCCUACGUGGCAGCCUGUCAGGCCGCUGGGGCCCAGCUCGGCGAGUGGAGGCGGCCGGACUUCUGUCCCUUGCAGUGCCCUGCCCACAGCCACUACGAGCUCUGCGGUGACUCCUGCCCUGGGAGCUGCCCGAGUCUCUCGGCACCCGAGGGCUGUGAGUCGGCCUGCCGUGAAGGCUGUGUCUGCGAUGCUGGCUUCGUGCUCAGUGGUGACACGUGUGUACCUGUGGGCCAGUGUGGCUGCCUCCACGAUGACCGCUACUACCCACUGGGCCAGACCUUCUACCCUGGCCCUGGGUGUGAUUCCCUUUGCCACUGCCGGGAGGGCGGUGAGGUGUCCUGUGAGCCCUCCAGCUGCGGCCCGCAUGAGACCUGCCGGCCAUCCGGUGGCAGCUUGGGCUGCGUGGCUGUGGGCUCUACCACCUGCCAGGCGUCGGGAGAUCCCCACUACACCACCUUCGAUGGCCACCGCUUCGACUUCAUGGGCACCUGCGUGUAUGUGCUGGCUCAGACCUGCGGCACCCGGCCUGGCCUACAUCGGUUUGCCGUCCUGCAGGAGAACGUGGCCUGGGGUAAUGGGCGAGUCAGUGUGACCAGGGUGAUCACGGUCCAGGUGGCAAACUUCACCCUGCGGCUGGAGCAGAGACAGUGGAAGGUCACGGUGAACGGUGUGGACAUGAAGCUGCCCGUGGUGCUGGCCAACGGCCAGAUCCGUGCCUCCCAGCAUGGUUCAGAUGUUGUGAUUGAGACCGACUUCGGCCUGCGUGUGGCCUACGACCUUGUGUACUAUGUGCGGGUCACCGUCCCCGGAAACUACUACCAGCUGAUGUGUGGCCUGUGUGGGAACUACAACGGCGACCCCAAGGAUGACUUCCAGAAGCCCAAUGGCUCGCAGGCAGGCAACGCCAAUGAGUUUGGCAACUCCUGGGAGGAGGUGGUGCCCGACUCUCCCUGCCUGCCACCGCCCACCUGCCUGCCGGGGACUGACGGCUGCAACCACAGCAGCGAGUGUCCUCCCGAGCUGGAGAAGAAGUAUCAGAAGGAGGAGUUCUGUGGGCUCCUCUCCAGCCCCACAGGGCCACUGGCCUCCUGCCACAAGCUGGUGGAUCCCCAGGGUCCCUUGGAAGAUUGCAUCUUUGAUCUCUGCCUGGGUGGUGGGAACCUGAGCAUUCUCUGCAGCAACAUCCAUGCCUACGUGAGUGCUUGCCAGGCGGCUGGAGGCCUCGUGGAGCCCUGGAGGAAUGAAACUUUCUGUCCCAUGGAAUGCCCUCAGAACAGUCACUACGAGCUCUGCGCGGACACCUGCUCCCUGGGCUGCUCGGCUCUCAGUGCCCCUCUGCAGUGCCCAGAUGGGUGUGCUGAGGGCUGCCAGUGUGACUCCGGCUUCCUCUACAACGGCCAAGCCUGUGUGCCCAUCCAGCAAUGCGGCUGCUACCACAAUGGUGCCUACUAUGAGCCGGAGCAGACAGUCCUCAUUGACAACUGUCGGCAGCAGUGCACGUGCCAUGCGGGUAAAGUCGUGGUGUGCCAGGAACACAGCUGCAAGCCGGGGCAGGUGUGCCAGCCCUCCGGAGGCAUCCUGAGCUGCGUCAACAAAGACCCGUGCCACGGCGUGACAUGCCGGCCACAGGAGACGUGCAAGGAGCAGGGUGGCCAGGGCGUGUGCCUGCCCAACUAUGAGGCCACGUGCUGGCUGUGGGGCGACCCACACUACCACUCCUUCGAUGGCCGGAAGUUUGACUUCCAGGGCACCUGUAACUAUGUGCUGGCAACAACUGGCUGCCCGGGGGUCAGCACCCAGGGCCUGACACCCUUCACCGUCACCACCAAGAAUGAGAACCGGGGCAACCCUGCUGUGUCCUACGUGAGAGUCAUCACCGUGGCUGCCCUCGGCACCAACAUCUCCAUCCACAAGGACGAGAUCGGCAAAGUCCGGGUGAACGGUGUGCUCACAGCCUUGCCUGUCUCCGUGGCCGACGGGCGGAUUUCAGUGACCCAGGGUGCAUCGAAGGCACUGCUGGUGGCUGACUUUGGACUGCAAGUCAGCUAUGACUGGAAUUGGCGGGUAGACGUGACGCUGCCCAGCAGCUAUCAUGGCGCAGUGUGCGGGCUCUGCGGUAACAUGGACCGCAACCCCAACAAUGACCAGGUCUUCCCUAAUGGCACACUGGCUCCGUCCAUACCCAUCUGGGGCGGCAGCUGGCGAGCCCCAGGCUGGGACCCACUGUGUUGGGACGAAUGUCGGGGGUCCUGCCCAACGUGCCCUGAGGACCGGUUGGAGCAGUACGAGGGCCCUGGCUUCUGCGGACCCCUGGCCCCUGGCACAGGGGGCCCCUUCACCACCUGCCAUGCUCAUGUGCCACCUGAGAGCUUCUUCAAGGGCUGUGUUCUGGACGUCUGCAUGGGUGGUGGGGACCAUGACAUUCUUUGCAAGGCACUGGCUUCCUACGUGGCCGCCUGCCAGGCCGCUGGGGUUGUCAUCGAAGACUGGCGGGCACAGGUCGGCUGUGAGAUCACCUGCCCAGAAAACAGCCACUAUGAGGUCUGUGGCCCACCCUGCCCGGCCAGCUGUCCGUCCCCUGCACCCCUUACGACUCCGGCCGUAUGCGAGGGCCCCUGUGUGGAGGGCUGCCAGUGCGACGCGGGUUUCGUGUUAAGUGCUGACCGCUGUGUUUCCCUCAACAACGGCUGCGGCUGCUGGGCCAAUGGCACCUACCACGAGGCGGGCAGUGAGUUUUGGGCUGAUGGCACCUGCUCCCAGAGGUGUCGCUGCGGGCCUGGGGGUGGCUCGCUGGUCUGCACACCUGCCAGCUGUGGGCUGGGUGAAGUGUGUGGCCUCCUGCCAUCCGGCCAGCACGGCUGCCAGCCCAUCAGCACAGCUGAGUGCCAGGCGUGGGGUGACCCCCAUUACGUCACUCUGGAUGGGCACCGAUUCGAUUUCCAAGGCACCUGCGAGUACCUGCUGAGUGCACCCUGCCACGGACCACCCUUGGGGGCUGAGAACUUCACUGUCACUGUAGCCAAUGAGCACCGGGGCAGCCAGGCUGUCAGCUACACCCGCAGUGUCACCCUGCAAAUCUACAACCACAGCCUGACACUGAGUGCCCGCUGGCCCCGGAAGCUACAGGUGGACGGCGUGUUCGUGGCUCUGCCCUUCCAGCUGGACUCGCUCCUGCACGCACACCUGAGCGGCGCCGACGUGGUGGUGACCACAACCUCAGGGCUCUCGCUGGCUUUCGAUGGGGACAGCUUCGUGCGCCUGCGCGUGCCGGCGGCGUACGCGGGCUCUCUCUGUGGCUUAUGCGGGAACUACAACCAGGACCCCGCAGACGACCUGAAGGCUGUGGGCGGGAAGCCCGCCGGAUGGCAGGUGGGCGGGGCCCAGGGCUGCGGAGAAUGUGUGUCCAAGCCAUGCCCGUCGCCGUGCACCCCAGAGCAGCAAGAGUCCUUCGGCGGCCCGGACGCGUGCGGCGUGAUCUCCAACACCGACGGCCCGCUGGCGCCCUGCCACGGCCUUGUGCCGCCCGCGCAGUACUUCCAGGGCUGCUUGCUGGACGCCUGCCAAGUUCAGGGCCAUCCUGGAGGCCUCUGUCCUGCAGUGGCCGCCUACGUGGCAGCCUGUCAGGCCGCUGGGGCCCAGCUCGGCGAGUGGAGGCGGCCGGACUUCUGUCCCUUGCAGUGCCCUGCCCACAGCCACUACGAGCUCUGUGGUGACUCCUGCCCUGGGAGCUGCCCGAGUCUCUCGGCACCCGAGGGCUGUGAGUCGGCCUGCCGUGAAGGCUGUGUCUGCGAUGCUGGCUUCGUGCUCAGUGGUGACACGUGUGUACCUGUGGGCCAGUGUGGCUGCCUCCACGAUGACCGCUACUACCCACUGGGCCAGACCUUCUACCCUGGCCCUGGGUGUGAUUCCCUUUGCCACUGCCGGGAGGGCGGUGAGGUGUCCUGUGAGCCCUCCAGCUGCGGCCCGCAUGAGACCUGCCGGCCAUCCGGUGGCAGCUUGGGCUGCGUGGCUGUGGGCUCUACCACCUGCCAGGCGUCGGGAGAUCCCCACUACACCACCUUCGAUGGCCACCGCUUCGACUUCAUGGGCACCUGCGUGUAUGUGCUGGCUCAGACCUGCGGCACCCGGCCUGGCCUACAUCGGUUUGCCGUCCUGCAGGAGAACGUGGCCUGGGGUAAUGGGCGAGUCAGUGUGACCAGGGUGAUCACGGUCCAGGUGGCAAACUUCACCCUGCGGCUGGAGCAGAGACAGUGGAAGGUCACGGUGAACGGUGUGGACAUGAAGCUGCCCGUGGUGCUGGCCAACGGCCAGAUCCGUGCCUCCCAGCAUGGUUCAGAUGUUGUGAUUGAGACCGACUUCGGCCUGCGUGUGGCCUACGACCUUGUGUACUAUGUGCGGGUCACCGUCCCCGGAAACUACUACCAGCUGAUGUGUGGCCUGUGUGGGAACUACAACGGCGACCCCAAGGAUGACUUCCAGAAGCCCAAUGGCUCGCAGGCAGGCAACGCCAAUGAGUUUGGCAACUCCUGGGAGGAGGUGGUGCCCGACUCUCCCUGCCUGCCGCCGCCCACCUGCCUGCCGGGGACUGACGGCUGCAACCACAGCAGCGAGUGUCCUCCCGAGCUGGAGAAGAAGUAUCAGAAGGAGGAGUUCUGUGGGCUCCUCUCCAGCCCCACAGGGCCACUGGCCUCCUGCCACAAGCUGGUGGAUCCCCAGGGUCCCUUGGAAGAUUGCAUCUUUGAUCUCUGCCUGGGUGGUGGGAACCUGAGCAUUCUCUGCAGCAACAUCCAUGCCUACGUGAGUGCUUGCCAGGCGGCUGGAGGCCUCGUGGAGCCCUGGAGGAAUGAAACUUUCUGUCCCAUGGAAUGCCCUCAGAACAGUCACUACGAGCUCUGCGCGGACACCUGCUCCCUGGGCUGCUCGGCUCUCAGUGCCCCUCUGCAGUGCCCAGAUGGGUGUGCUGAGGGCUGCCAGUGUGACUCCGGCUUCCUCUACAACGGCCAAGCCUGCGUGCCCAUCCAGCAAUGCGGCUGCUACCACAAUGGUGCCUACUAUGAGCCGGAGCAGACAGUCCUCAUUGACAACUGUCGGCAGCAGUGCACGUGCCAUGCGGGUAAAGUCGUGGUGUGCCAGGAACACAGCUGCAAGCCGGGGCAGGUGUGCCAGCCCUCCGGAGGCAUCCUGAGCUGCGUCAACAAAGACCCGUGCCACGGCGUGACAUGCCGGCCACAGGAGACGUGCAAGGAGCAGGGUGGCCAGGGCGUGUGCCUGCCCAACUAUGAGGCCACGUGCUGGCUGUGGGGCGACCCACACUACCACUCCUUCGAUGGCCGGAAGUUUGACUUCCAGGGCACCUGUAACUAUGUGCUGGCAACAACUGGCUGCCCGGGGGUCAGCACCCAGGGCCUGACACCCUUCACCGUCACCACCAAGAAUGAGAACCGGGGCAACCCUGCUGUGUCCUACGUGAGAGUCGUCACCGUGGCUGCCCUCGGCACCAACAUCUCCAUCCACAAGGACGAGAUCGGCAAAGUCCGGGUGAACGGUGUGCUCACAGCCUUGCCUGUCUCCGUGGCCGACGGGCGGAUUUCAGUGACCCAGGGUGCAUCGAAGGCACUGCUGGUGGCUGACUUUGGACUGCAAGUCAGCUAUGACUGGAAUUGGCGGGUAGACGUGACGCUGCCCAGCAGCUAUCAUGGCGCAGUGUGCGGGCUCUGCGGUAACAUGGACCGCAACCCCAACAAUGACCAGGUCUUCCCUAAUGGCACACUGGCUCCGUCCAUACCCAUCUGGGGCGGCAGCUGGCGAGCCCCAGGCUGGGACCCACUGUGUUGGGACGAAUGUCGGGGGUCCUGCCCAACGUGCCCUGAGGACCGGUUGGAGCAGUACGAGGGCCCUGGCUUCUGCGGACCCCUGGCCCCUGGCACAGGGGGCCCCUUCACCACCUGCCAUGCUCAUGUGCCACCUGAGAGCUUCUUCAAGGGCUGUGUUCUGGACGUCUGCAUGGGUGGUGGGGACCAUGACAUUCUUUGCAAGGCACUGGCUUCCUACGUGGCCGCCUGCCAGGCCGCUGGGGUUGUCAUCGAAGACUGGCGGGCACAGGUCGGCUGUGAGAUCACCUGCCCAGAAAACAGCCACUAUGAGGUCUGUGGCCCACCCUGCCCGGCCAGCUGUCCGUCCCCUGCACCCCUUACGACUCCGGCCGUAUGCGAGGGCCCCUGUGUGGAGGGCUGCCAGUGCGACGCGGGUUUCGUGUUAAGUGCUGACCGCUGUGUUUCCCUCAACAACGGCUGCGGCUGCUGGGCCAAUGGCACCUACCACGAGGCGGGCAGUGAGUUUUGGGCUGAUGGCACCUGCUCCCAGAGGUGUCGCUGCGGGCCUGGGGGUGGCUCGCUGGUCUGCACACCUGCCAGCUGUGGGCUGGGUGAAGUGUGUGGCCUCCUGCCAUCCGGCCAGCACGGCUGCCAGCCCAUCAGCACAGCUGAGUGCCAGGCGUGGGGUGACCCCCAUUACGUCACUCUGGAUGGGCACCGAUUCGAUUUCCAAGGCACCUGCGAGUACCUGCUGAGUGCACCCUGCCACGGACCACCCUUGGGGGCUGAGAACUUCACUGUCACUGUAGCCAAUGAGCACCGGGGCAGCCAGGCUGUCAGCUACACCCGCAGUGUCACCCUGCAAAUCUACAACCACAGCCUGACACUGAGUGCCCGCUGGCCCCGGAAGCUACAGGUCGACGGCGUGUUCGUGGCUCUGCCCUUCCAGCUGGACUCGCUCCUGCACGCACACCUGAGCGGCGCCGACGUGGUGGUGACCACAACCUCAGGGCUCUCGCUGGCUUUCGAUGGGGACAGCUUCGUGCGCCUGCGCGUGCCGGCGGCGUACGCGGGCUCUCUCUGUGGCUUAUGCGGGAACUACAACCAGGACCCCGCAGACGACCUGAAGGCUGUGGGCGGGAAGCCCGCCGGAUGGCAGGUGGGCGGGGCCCAGGGCUGCGGAGAAUGUGUGUCCAAGCCAUGCCCGUCGCCGUGCACCCCAGAGCAGCAGGAGUCCUUCGGCGGCCAGGACGCGUGCGGCGUGAUCUCCGCCACCGACGGCCCGCUGGCGCCCUGCCACGGCCUUGUGCCGCCCGCGCAGUACUUCCAGGGCUGCUUGCUGGACGCCUGCCAAGUUCAGGGCCAUCCUGGAGGCCUCUGUCCUGCAGUGGCCACCUACGUGGCAGCCUGUCAGGCCGCUGGGGCCCAGCUCGGCGAGUGGAGGCGGCCGGACUUCUGUCCCUUGCAGUGCCCUGCCCACAGCCACUAUGAGCUCUGCGGUGACUCCUGCCCUGUGAGCUGCCCGAGCCUGUCGGCACCCGAGGGCUGUGAGUCAGCCUGCCGUGAAGGCUGUGUCUGCGAUGCUGGCUUCGUGCUCAGUGGUGACACCUGCGUACCCGUGGGCCAGUGUGGCUGCCUCCAUGAUGGCCGCUACUACCCACUGGGCGAGGUCUUCUACCCGGGCCCUGAGUGUGAGCGGCGCUGUGAGUGUGGGCCAGGUGGCCAUGUCACCUGCCAGGAGGGCGCAGCCUGUGGGCCCCAUGAGGAGUGCCGGUUAGAGGAUGGUGUCCAGGCCUGUCAUGCCACAGGCUGUGGCCGCUGCCUGGCCAAUGGGGGCAUCCACUACAUCACCCUUGAUGGCCGUGUCUACGACCUGCAUGGCUCCUGUUCCUAUGUCUUGGCCCAAGUCUGCCACCCAAAGCCUGGGGACGAGGACUUUUCCAUCGUGCUUGAGAAGAAUGCAGCUGGAGAUCUCCAACGCCUCCUGGUUACUGUGGCUGGCCAGGUUGUGAGCCUAGCUCAGGGGCAGCAGGUCACCGUGGACGGCGAGGCUGUGGCCCUGCCUGUGGCUGUGGGCCACGUGCGGGUGACCGCCGAGGGCCGAAACAUGGUUCUGCAGACGACCAAGGGGCUGCGGCUUCUCUUUGAUGGCGAUGCCCACCUCCUCAUGUCCAUCCCCAGCCCCUUCCGUGGACGGCUCUGUGGCCUCUGUGGGAACUUCAAUGGCAACUGGAGUGACGACUUUGUCUUGCCCAAUGGCUCGGCAGCAUCCAGUGUGGAGACCUUCGGGGCUGCAUGGCGGGCGCCCGGCUCCUCCAAGGGCUGUGGCGAGGGCUGCGGGCCCCAAGGCUGCCCGGUGUGCUUGGCAGAGGAGACUGCACCCUAUGAGAGCAACGAGGCCUGCGGGCAGCUCCGGAAUCCCCAGGGCCCCUUCGCGACCUGCCAGGCGGUGCUGAGUCCCUCUGAGUACUUCCGCCAAUGCAUAUACGACCUGUGCGCGCAAAAGGGUGACAAAGCCUUCCUGUGCCGCAGCCUGGCAGCCUACACGGCGGCCUGUCAGGCAGCUGGCGUGGCCGUGAAGCCCUGGAGGACAGACAGCUUCUGCCCGCUCCAGUGCCCCGCCCACAGCCACUACUCCAUCUGCACUCGCACCUGCCAGGGCUCCUGUGCGGCUCUCUCCGGCCUCACGGGCUGCACCACCCGCUGUUUUGAGGGCUGUGAAUGCGACGACCGCUUCCUGCUUUCCCAGGGUGUCUGCAUCCCUGUCCAAGAUUGUGGCUGCACCCAUGAUGGCCGAUACUUGCCGGUAAACUCCUCCCUGCUGACCUCAGACUGCAGUGAGCGCUGUUCCUGUUCCUCAAGCUCCGGCCUGACAUGCCAGGCAGCUGGCUGCCCACCAGGCCGUGUAUGUGAGGUCAAGGCUGAAGCCCGGAACUGCUGGGCCACCCGUGGUCUCUGUGUCCUGUCUGUGGGUGCCAACCUCACCACCUUUGAUGGGGCCCGUGGUGCCACCACCUCUCCUGGUGUCUAUGAGCUCUCUUCCCGCUGCCCAGGACUACAGAAUACCAUCCCCUGGUACCGUGUAGUUGCCGAAGUCCAGAUCUGCCAUGGCAAAACGGAGGCUGUGGGCCAGGUCCACAUCUUCUUCCAGGAUGGGAUGGUGACGUUGACUCCAAACAAGGGCGUGUGGGUGAAUGGUCUCCAAGUGGAUCUCCCAGCUGAGAAGUUAGCAUCUGUGUCCGUGAGUCGUACACCUGAUGGCUCCCUGCUAGUCCACCAGAAGGCAGGGGUCCAGGUGUGGCUUGGAGCCAAUGGGAAGGUGGCUGUGAUUGUCAGUGAUGACCAUGCCGGGAAACUGUGUGGGGCUUGUGGAAACUUUGACGGGGACCAGACCAAUGAUUGGCAUGACUCCCAGGAGAAGCCAGCGAUGGAGAAAUGGAGAGCGCAGGACUUCUCCCCAUGUUAUGGCUGAUCAGUCAUCCACCAGGAAUGAAGAUUUCCUGAAGAAGACCUGGUCCCUCUGGAGGUUGCAGUGGCUGAAGGAUGCAUCAUGUGCUCCUACCCUGCUCUACCGCUUUUCUGGGUCACAGAGGCCAAAUGUGAGAGCAUUGAAUAAAUAUCUUAAGCUAAGCUGCA